UUUAACCGCAUCAAUUAAUCCAUCAUGUACUCUUUCUACUUAUCUUGAGAGGACUCGAAAGAGACCGGCGCAUAUAGCUCUGCACGGUCGCCGGAGGACGACAUAAAACUGCAUCAUAUCGCUGCUCCCAGAUUGCCGUGCCUGCAUUAGCGGGAUAUCCAGAUUAUGGAACACAGAAGGCGUUUGAUAUUGGCAAUUUUUGUUGUUUUGUUAUUUGCUUUUUGUUCUGGGAGAGAACUUAAGGUCAAGCACAAGCACAAGCACAUAGAUCAUUUCCCCAUUUACAAUCACACUCUUGCAACAAUAUUGGUGGAAUAUGCGUCUGCUGUUUAUAUGUCAGAUUUGACAGAACUGUUUACUUGGACAUGCUCAAGAUGUGAUGAUUUGACUGAGGGAUUUGAGAUUAUUGAGCUGAUUGUUGACAUUCAGCACUGCUUACAGGCAUUUGUUGGUGUGGCAAAGAAUCUUAAUGCUGUUGUUAUUGCAUUUCGAGGAACUCAGGAACACAGCAUACAGAAUUGGAUUGAAGACUUAUUCUGGAAACAGCUUGAUCUAAAUUAUCCUGGCAUGCCUGAUGCAAUGGUGCAUCAUGGAUUUUAUAAUGCUUACCAUAACACCACAUUACGCCCUGGAAUUCUAAAUGCAGUCAAAAGAGCAAAGGAGUAUUAUGGAGAUCUUGACAUCAUGGUGACAGGGCAUUCAAUGGGAGGGGCUAUUGCUGCCUUUUGUGGACUUGAUCUAACUGUUAACCAUAAAGCCAAAAAUGUGAUGGUUAUGACAUUUGGACAGCCUCGAAUUGGCAAUGCAGCUUUUGCAUCUUACUAUAGCCAAUGUGUGCCAAAUACAAUCCGAGUGACAAAUGACCAUGAUAUUGUGCCUCAUUUGCCUCCAUACUAUAGUUACUUCCCUCAGAAGACAUACCAUCACUUCCCAAGAGAGGUUUGGCUUUAUAACGUUGGAUUGGGAAGUCUGGUCUACACAGUAGAGAAGGUCUGUGAUGUUACUGGCGAGGAUCCUACCUGCAGCAGGUCAGUAAGUGGGACCAGCAUUUCGGAUCAUAUAAUUUAUUAUGGUGUGGAGUUAAUGGCAGAGACAUGGAGAUCUUGUGGUAUUGUGAUGGAUUCUCGCGUAAAAGAAUAUGGAAAAAUGGAUCUCAAAGGAAAUUUUGUAUUGUCCAGAGAUCCUGCCUCGCCUAUUCUUAAACUGAAAACGGAGGCUUAUGGUGGAGGCAACCAUGUUUAGAAUAUUAUUUGGAUCAGGGCAAGAUUUAGCACCUUGAUUUUCUCCCCAACCAAGCUAAUCUUCAUUCUCUGCUUGGUACAACCUUUCCUUGGAGGUUUGGAUGGAGAAUGCAUGUUGUUAUGUGAAGGGAGAAAAUGUGUACAUAGAAAAUGACUUUUGUACAUUGUCAGCCUUGUUAAUAUGAAUACAGUUACCAUAUUGUUUAAACCAACUGUAACGAGGUAUUCCACAUAUAGUGUUGUAAGUUCUGAAAUCUGUAAAUUGUUGAAGUGGUCAUUUCAUUGGUA